GAAGCCAAAUGUGUUAAUUAUUAUGAAGCGGAUGGAGUAUUUAACUUUUUUUUUUUUCUCUAUCUACUAUGACAUCUACGAGUAAUUAAUUAACUAAGACGGUUAAUUUAAAAAUAUACAAAUUGGUAAUAUGGGGCAUAAUAAGAAUCCAAUGGUUAAGAUGUCACCCUAACUGUGUUGUUAGACUUUUUGUCUGAUUUGGAGGGACACUGAUUCCUGCUAAAUAUUUGUCUUGCACAUUGUUGUCUUUUUAGUUGACUUCAAAUCUUGAAUGGAUUAGCUCAAGUUUCAAUUAAAUAAUAAGUCUUGUAUUGUUUUUGGCAUACCAUACAUUUUGGGUGGGUGGUGGUUGUUUUGGAUCAACUUGCUCACUUGCUCAAAUCAUUAUUUAAUACCAAGUACUAUGUAUGUAAGUAACUGACAUGCCCAAGUCAUUUACGAAGUACUCCCUCCGUUUUUAGAUAGUACGAAGUAAGUGAUUAAAUAGAUAGGGGAAAAGUGUUUUGUUUUGUUUUGUGCUAAAAAUGUGUAAUUUAGUUUCGCUUAUUUAAAAUUAUGAUCCUCAUACACACAACUCUUUAGCAAUAUAUAAUAAGUAUUUCAUAUUAUAACGAAUUGGUAUAUGUUUAAGAAUUAAUGAUAGAAGCACGUAUUAAAUAAUAUUUAGUAAUAUUAUUUUCUUUCAAAAAUAUGGUCAAAUCUAGUGGAGAUUAUGAAAAUGUAAACGAAAACUAGCGCAUAAAUCACACAUCAAGUGUUUCUUAUAGUUAAUACUUUCUUACAACAUAAUUGAAUGAUUAUGAUCUUUUACAAAUCUAUAUUACUCAUAAUCGUAAAAUAUUAUUGUAGGCGAUUUGCUAACACUAAAAUCCCGUACAAGUCAACCCGACCUACUUUAAAUCGCUUAGCAGCAGUCUAUAAUCAGUCCUCCGUUUAGUACUCGUAUUAAUGAAACAAAACCAUCAAGAAGUUAGACCGGUUAAUAAAACGACGACCAAAAUUAUUGAACCAAUUUAUUCAUUGACACUCAAGAGAGUGACGACUGAAGAGUUUCAGUUACUUGGAAUUACAAUCAAUGGGCGCUCAAAGAAACAAUCAUAGAAAUCCCUGCAAUGUCAAUUCUCAUGAUGUAACUUGCGGAACAACAACAUGGAUAGGUAAAGGCCUUACCUGUUACUGCUUCAAGAGGAAGGGGGUCUAUGAACGUAUUUGCAUUACCUUGACACCCUUGCAGGAACAAAGACUUAAUAGGUUAAAGCAUCGCAUGAAGAUUUACUUUGAUCCGGCAAGGUCAGACCACCAGGAAGCUCUUAAGGCUUUGUGGUAUGCUACAUAUCCUGAUCAACAGCUCCAUGGUUUAAUAUCAGAGCAAUGGAAAGAAAUGGGAUGGCAGGGAAGGGAUCCCUCAACAGAUUUCAGAGGAGCUGGCUUUAUCUCUUUGGAGAACUUGCUGUUCUUUGCCAAAACAUUUUCUACAUCUUUCCAGCAUUUAGUGAAGAAACAAGAUGGAAAACGUGCAACAUGGGAAUAUCCCUUUGCUGUUGCUGGAGUAAAUAUAACAUUUAUGCUCAUACAAAUGCUUGAUCUAGAUGCUCUGAAAGGGAGAUCUUUUGUUAGAGCUGUUUUCUUGCAGAUGUUAUCAGAAAAUGAAUGGGCCUUUGAUUUGCUUUAUAGCGUAGCCUUUGUGGUUAUGGAUAAGCAAUGGCUAGAGAAGAAUGCUACGUACAUGGAGUUCAACGAUGUCCUUAAGUUAACGAGAGCACAAUUAGAGAAGGAACUUCUGAUGGAUGAAGUAUUAGGCAUUGAAGACAUGCCUUCAUUUAACCUUCUUUGUUAACCCUUGGAAAAUAUUAGCAAUGGCUCGACGUUUGAUGAUUUGCUGAUUUCUUUUUCCCUUGGAAGACCAUUAGACCAAGUUAGUUGCUAGAAUGAUGUUUCUAGCUUCACCAUUUCUCCUGGAAUCUUUGAUUGGAAGAUAAACUCUCAUACAGAUAAAUAUACUUGUGCUUCUUGUUCUGUCAAUGGGUAUGCCCUUUUGCUGUUUUGUUGACACCAAAAAACAUUUUAGUGAAAAUUUUGUCUAGAGUAGAAGUUUGACAUGCUUUCUUUGAAAAAAAAAAUGAACCAAAUCUGAUGUGUAAUUGUCUAAAUACAGAAGCAAAACUAGUCAUGGCUCGUGAGUGAUAAUCGGGUUAAAUUAGAUACU